UCAUUUAAUUUAAAAAUUAAGAAUUUAAAAUAAUAAAAACCUCCAGUCUCCAGCUUCCCGUUUUCACGUGAAACUUGAACCAACAGGUCACAAGUAACAACCACCAUCAACAGUGGCAGCUGGCCACUCUUCCACCACCAACAGGUCAGCCGCAUUGUAAGCGCUUCUCCUCACACGCUCAGCCAGCCACUUCUUCCUCCCCCUCGUGUGCAGCCACGACAGCCACAGUAGUGGUAUGGAGAAGACGAGGUACGGGGAGUGAAUGGCAGACAUUGAAUAGAGGCGGUUGGCAUGUUUAUAUUUAAGUAGGGUGUCUUCUGCGCCCUCGACCCGACGGGCCUGAUCAAUGUAUUGGUUCCGGAGAGAAGUUUGCUGUUUGCCUUUUUAAGAUUUUGAAAUGAAUCAAAUUUCUAAGUGUUGAUCAAUUGAUUAAUGAUUACUAGUAGUCAGUAUAGAAGAUCUUCUUGUAAGUUUUGAUGGCUGCUGAUGAGGUUAAUUCUUGUGUAAUUGCUCCUUUUGCCGGCCUUGUCAUCUGCGUCUCUGGACUUUCACAAGAAUCAAGGAAGAAAGUUAUGGAAGCCACUGAGAAAUUAGGGGGAACAUAUAGCCCCAAUUUACAUCCUAAGUGCACCCACUUGGUUGUCCAGAGUCUCGGUGGAAAUAAAUUACAGCGUUUUCUCAAAUGUGGUUCCAGAAAUGGACUUUUUGUUGUUACUCUUGGAUGGUUUAUUGAUAGUGUCACCAAAAAUGAGAAGUUAAGUGAAUUACCAUAUACAAUUCGGAGUGUUGCACAGAUCAACAUUCCUGUGGAUGAUCGGCUGGUAAAUGGAACUGCAGCUCAUGAUACUUUUAGGCCAAGAAAAUUGAAGCAGAAUCAAAAUCAAAUCGAAGAGAGUGGAGGACAAAGGCAAUGGCAUAAUAGAGAAAACUUUGAAGUAAACAAUCAAUCUCUAUUUGGGCAGUCUAUAUACGUUGAUUUGGAUAUAUCUGCCGAACUGCGUACAAAGGUGGUUGAUGUGGCUGCUCGAGAAGGUGCCAUGCUUGUUGAUCAAUGGUUUGUUGGUUGUGGUGCAAGUUACGUUGUGUGUGAGGGCUCAUCCAUUCAAACAUAUCUGGGUCAUAGUGAUAACAUUGUUAGUCCCAUAUGGGUUUUGAAGACAUCUAAAGAAAGAUCUAUGCAACGGUUUGUUGGAAUUUCUGCUGAUCUGGCCAGACAGGUUGGAGCGAUGCUGGAAAAUUUUCAACAUCUAACUUCUGGGCAGGAAAUUAUGAAGGAAAAGGUCCAAGAGCAUACUUCCAUUUCAAAAACGAGUAGUGCAAGCCAUAAGGAAAGGCUGUACACUGCUAAUCUUGCAAAAUGUGGUGUUAGAAAUCGUCGUGCCCUACGUAUGCAGUUAUGUCAAAUACCCUUGCGUCCUAUUAAUCCCAGCAGCCUUCUAGACUCAGUCUGCUGGACUGUCUCUGAGCCAACUUCCAGGGCUGCUGUGUAUGCAGACUCUGCUAUUUCCAGAAAUGACUUUGAGACCGACCAACAAGCCAUUUCUGUUAAAGGGGAUUGUGCUGAAUCUGAAGCUUCAUUCUCAAACUUACUACGACCUCUAACAGAAAGUGAGAAAAAUGCACAGGUUUUUAAAAACCAUUUCCUCACAAUUCUGUAUCCAGUUGAUCGAUUUUCUGAGCUGGGGCCUUGCUCAAGAACAUAUUUUAGUGAUACAGGAUUUACUUGCCUGCAAAUCCUGGAAUUUAUUUAUGUCUUCUACCAGGAGAAUAUGUCGGACCAUGAAAUAGAGGUUGCAAUUCACACCGACUCGAGGCAUGCUGAGAAGCUCCGAUCCGUAUAUUGUAGUGAGACAACGGAAGAACUUGGUUACAUGUUGUAUAAGCGCAUCGACUUCCUGGGAAACCGAAAAAGCUUUGAAAUGUUGAAGCGCAUAAAUGGGGAUAACAACAGCAAUGUAUAUGAGCUUCUAUUAAGAGAAUGACACAAAUUUGUGUAGUCAGUUGAGUGUACUAACAAAUAGCAACGUAGGCUUGUAAAUCAUGUAGAACAAAUCAUAGUUCAUGUAAGCAAAGAUGUUAAAGAAAAUGUUUGAAAAUAAAGUUGCGUUAGUAAAAGAGAAGUUUAUAAAAUCUGAAAGAGAUCUGAAUCAGGAAGAAAUGUAAGAUCUCCAUGAACAUUUUAUUAUUAUAAAAUUGAAAAUAAUUAAUCUCUUUA